AAAGCAGCCAAGACAAAGUAGAGGAUUAUGAUGAUCCACGCAUGAUCUGGUAAAUACCACAAGGAUAAACAGCAUCAAGAAUCCACAAACCACAGGUUAUUAACUGACAAAAGCCUUGUCUUCAAUCCCCACCAUGCCUGUGUUAAACUGCUCCCAUGCUGCUCUUUCAUCCUCUGGAAAUGCAGUUUUCAGUGACGUAGGCUGCCCUGAAGCUGCGGCCAUGUGUGGGAUGAAUAUCUCCUGGGUGUUGGCUAAAGCUGAUGCACAAGAGCUGGAUGAGUUAUGCUUGAGUGAAAAGGACUUUCUGGCCAAGUACCUGGGCUCCCCCAUGUCCCCUGUGUUCAUCCCCGUCUGCAUCACCUACCUCGUCAUCUUCCUGGUGGGCGUCCUUGGCAAUUCCCUGACCUGCGCCGUCAUUUUGCGCUACAGGGUGAUGCAGACGCCCACCAACUUCUACCUGCUGAGCCUGGCGGUGUCAGACCUGCUGGUGCUGCUGAUGGGGAUGCCCUUAGAGAUCUACGAGAUGUGGCAGAACUACCCCUUCCUGCUCGGAGAAGGAGGCUGUUACUUCAAAACCUUCCUGUUUGAGACCGUCUGCUUUGCCUCCAUCCUCAACGUCACUGCUCUCAGCGUGGAGCGUUACGUAGCCGUCGUGCACCCCCUCAAAGUCAAACACAUGACCACGCGUGCCCACGUGAAGAGGGUCAUCAUCAUGCUGUGGGUGCUGUCCAUGCUGUGUGCCGUGCCCAAUACCAGCCUGCAUGGGAUCACAGUGCUGUCAAAGUUUGGAAAAGUCUUCCCCCGGUCAACAAUCUGCAAUCUGGUCAAGCCCACCUGGUUGUACAACCUGAUCAUCCUCAUCUCCACAUUGGCCUUCUUCCUGCUCCCAAUGCUGAUCAUUAGCAUCCUCUACUUUCUCAUUGGCAUUCGGCUGCACCGAGAGAGGGCGCUGACCGUGGUCGACACCGUGAGCUUUGGACCAGAAAGUUUGUCCAACGCUCAAAAGCAGAAACAGAAUAAACGCAACCUGCAAGUCACCAAAAUGUUGUGUGUGCUGGUGGUGGUGUUCGGUUUCUGCUGGGCUCCCUUCCACGUGGACCGUCUGAUGUGGAGCUACAUGGACCAGUCGUCUGACCUGCACCACAGGAUCUAUGAACCGGUCCACCUCAUCUCCGGGGUCUGCUUCUACCUGAGCUCUGCCAUCAACCCCAUCCUCUACAACCUCAUGUCCACCAGGUUCAGAGAAAUGUUCAGUCAUGUGACCUGUUGCUCUUCCACCUGGAUGAGGCGCUCCAGCUCACAGAUGACCCAGCGCAGCACACUGAGUGAGAAAACUGUUCAAAAUGGACAUUAAACCAUUCAGACCAGUUGAGGCAGAAGCAGGUUCAUUAAACACAGUUGAGAAAUAAUCUAAAAAAAAAAAAAAAAUUUCCCUCUGGUUUUAGUCAUCCAUCUGUGUGUGUAUAUUCUGAAGCCACAGAUGGUACGAUAUUAACCUCCCAGCAGUCGACAAUGCCAUACAGAAAAGUUCCAGAGCCAUGUGACAAUACCCCCUGAAGGCAUAAUAUGUAAGAUCUUAUUUAAUGAAAAAAAAAAAAAAAAAAAAAAUCACAAUAAUCAUAAUACCUCUUAAAGCUAUGGGAGCUGAAGUCAUUG